AUGUUGCUUCAUCAGAUAGUGUUUUUUAUUCUUCUUAUUGCUACUAUUCAAUGUGAAGAACAUUUGCAUGCCAAUGGUCCUUUUGGCAAAUCUCAUGUAUCAGCAAAGAUAUCAAGCCCAUUUAAUUGUAAUCGAAGUAUGGGUAUUUCUCCUCGUUCUCUUCAAAAAAUGUCUGUACCAAUAACUGAUUUACAAGUUUCAUCAAUACGUUAUUCUAAUAAUGAAAAGAUCUAUGUUUCUUGGACACCAUUGUCAAGUAUUUGUAAAGAUGAUUUUAUUGGAGUUUAUUUUCUUGAAACUUCAAUUGAAGCAGGUGCUUGUGAUUAUGUUGAUUUUGAAUUUGUAACACAAGGUGAAAAUAACUCCACAUGGUUAAUGAUUAAUUUACGUCGUCAAUUACAAUUUCGUUAUUAUUCACGUAAUGAAAAUUGUUCUGGAAGUUAUAUAUUUGUAGCUAAAUCUCCUAUUGUUGCACCAUGUAAUUAUAAUGAACCCAUACAAGUUCAUUUAGCUUUUGGUGAUCGAAAUGAUCAAAUGUAUAUUUCAUAUGUUACUAAUUCAAACAAAAUAAUUCCGAAAUGUCGAUAUGGUUUUGAUCCAUCAUUACUAAAUUUUCAAGUUAAUGGAAAUACAACGACUUAUAAAGCAUCAGAUAUGUGUGAAGAAAAAGCAAAUCUAACAGGACCAAAAACAUUUAUUGAUCCUGGAUAUAUGCAUACUAUACUUCUUGAAGAUCUUCGUCCAUCAACUACGUAUUAUUAUCGAGUGGGUAGUGAUGAACAUGGAUGA